GGGGGCGGGCAAAGGUUGCCUGCAGUCUCUCACUCACGCGUCGACAUUCUUGUCCGUAGACGUCGCACUUUAACUUCGAAGUCUUCCUACCGGCUCCACAGCAUGACUGCUCGGUUCUUGCCAGUUACCCAAAGAUUAAUAACCUGCACCCGCUCUGUUCUUUCGGCACCCAUAUUAGUGAGAGAACGAUGGCUCUUAAACAACGGACGACACCGAUUGUUCAGCUCUAUGACAGGGAUGCUAAGAUCAGAAGAUAAAGUAAUAGUUAAUUUUAUUAACCGAGAUGGGGAAAAGAUCACCACGGAAGGAAAAAUUGGGGACUCGUUGUUAGAUGUCGUUGUUGAAAAAAAUCUGGACAUUGAUGGAUUUGGUGCCUGUGAAGGAACAUUGGCCUGUUCUACCUGUCAUCUAAUCUUUGAUGAUGAUAUCUUUAAGCAGCUAGAUUCUGCUACUGAUGAAGAAUUAGACAUGCUUGAUUUGGCUUAUGGACUCACAGAUACGUCUAGACUUGGAUGUCAGAUCUGCCUGAAGAAAUUUAUGAAUGAUAUGACUGUGAAAGUUCCUGAAGGUGUAUCUGAUGUGCGGCAAGCAGCAGAUAUGAGCAAGACAACAUCUGGAAUUUAGGCAUUGACUAAGAAAAUAACUGUAAUAAAAAGUUGUACUUUAAUUACAACUUAAUGAUUUAUAGUAAAUUAAAUUCAUCAUUCUGGUUCCAUUUUAAUAAUAUGGAGAUAUGAUACCCAGACAUUAUCAUCAGUUUUAAAAUGCUAACCAUUAAUCAUUCAUUUAUAUAUAUAUAUGUUUUAUUCCUUUAUAUAUUGCCCAAUAAAAGUAUUACAUAUUUAGAAUUUAAAAUUAUUUUGAAGACGAAAUGCCUGUGUCAAUGCAAAUAUUUAUAAUAUACUAUGAUCUUUUUUUAAGCAGUGUGAAAUGCUUGAAAGUACUGUAUACCUGCAUUGUCAGCUCCAAAGUUAUUUGGAGCAUAGUAAUCUAUUUUAUAUACCUUCAAUUUUUAAAAUAAACAUUUCUUUACAAGUCA